AUGCCAGGGAACGGAAGCAAGCUCCCUCCGCCGGGGUCUGCGAAACCGAAACUCAAGAUCUCUGGAAGUUCUGCUACUGACGGAAAGUCAAAUGUGAACAUGAUAUCUGCCCAAGGCGAAAUCACCUCACCAAAAGAUCCGAACUCAUCCCGCCGGCCGUCUAACACUUCACCAUCCCCAAUGGGGACUACUAGCUUCUCUGCGGCACGUAAUGUCACUAAUAUUGUGGAUAUCACCAAGAAUCCUUUAUAUGAGAAAGUCCAAAAGCUUGAUUCCACCCUUCAACCGUUUCUUCAACAUGAUUGGGAGACCAACCGCAAAUACAACCUUACAAAACUGAAAUUUUACAACAUUUUACAUCAUUUCAAUCCCAGCACAACUUCUCGUCCAACUCACAAGAAAGAUGAACUGAAAUCAGCUUUCAAAAAGGAUUUACUACCGAAGUUGCAGCCUUUUUGUAGUCCACCACCUCCACCCGCCGAUUCUCAUAUGGAUACUGAUGAUGGACUCGAUUUCGAUCCACUUCACCGAAGCACUACAAUUGCCAUGCUUGCCAGUACCAUCCACAAAAUAAACCCCCGCGUCAACAUCUCUUCGGUGGCAUUGAAGGAUGAGGUACUUGCUCUAUUCAAGCAUUAUGUUAAUCCAAACCUCAGACUGCCUCACAACUCAGACUACACCGGCAGACCCCGCAUUGUCAGCUCAAGCUUUGUUCCAAAACUUAGCAUCCAGGCACUUCGACAUGCCCUUCAAUCCUAUCAUCCCGAAUUAUUCUUGAAUUAUUCAGUAUUACGCCUACCUAAUUACAUCAGUCUCUAUCGUCUAUUCUUAUUGGAAGAAGUUCAAAACACAGAUGUUUCAGAAGAACUUGUUCCAGGCUAUCACUACUGGAUCAAUGUUGACUUGCUUGAUACGGAGUCUACAAAGCAGCGUGCUUCAACAAAAUCAAAGUCUACAUCACACUUUGAUUUCGAACCAACACUACAUCUAAACUGGUGCUCUAACACUCCAUUGGAUGCAGGAUUCCAUCGAUCGUACUAUGAUUUUCAAAUCAAGUGA